AGAGUGUCACGGUAACCACACACACACAGCAGGGCCUGACAACGCCGAGGAUGCGUCAAGUGGGCUUCAGCUAAAAGAAGGCAAAUAUUAUGCCAGCGUUUCAAAGUUAAAGCGUCAGAGGUUGCUGCUGGCUGCCUGGCUCCGUGGAGCAGAAGAGCUGUGCCAUUCCCCCCUGUCCUCUCAUGCCCCCCCCUGUGUGUUAGUGACCCCGUACCCCCCACCCGCUCCUAACCUCAUCACCCCUGUCGUGUUGCCACCACAGCCCGGAGCCCCCCCUCUCACCCCAUGCUUGGGACAACGCCAGCUCACUGCCAGCCCAAUGACUGCCUGGAUCGUCCUGCCUGUCAGCCUGUCUGCCUUCUCCAUCACAGGAAUAUGGAUAGUGUACGCCAUGGCUGUGAUGAAUCACCAUGUUUGUCCUGUGGAGAACUGGUUCUACAACGUAACCUGCUCAGAGGAGCUGCCUCGACCAGGAUUCCCAAAGACAUGCUGCACCAUUCAGGACAUCCCCCUCAUCAGUAAAUGCGGCUCCUUCCCUCCUGAGAGCUGUCUCUUCAGCCUCAUUGGCAAUGUUGGAGCCUUCAUGGUGGUGAUGGUGUGCCUUCUACGCUAUGCCCAAGUCAUCGAACACAGCCACCACUGUUGGGUCAACACCAGCGCUUUGGUGUCUGGCUGCACCAACGCUCUGGGCCUGGUCAUGGUGGGCAACUUCCAGGUUGAUCACGCCAAAUCUGUGCACUAUGUGGGCGCCGGUGUGGCUUUCCCCGCAGGGCUGCUUUUUGUGUGCCUGCAGUGUGUGCACUACCGGGUGGCCGUGACCACACUCGACUAUUGGAUGGCCCAUUUUCGAGUAGCUCUGGCACUGGGAGCUAUGGUCUCACUUGUCCUAAGCGGCAUCUUCUUCAUCCACGAGAGCUUCAUCCUUCAGCACGCCGCGGCCAUCUGUGAGUGGGUCUUCACUGUUGACAUUCUGGUCUUCUACGGCACCUUCACCUACGAGUUCGGCACAGUCACCAGUGAGACCAUGAUGGCCGGUCUGCAGCAGAGCCAGCGCCAUGGCUCAGGUGUCAUCCUGGGCCCCGGGUCCCGGGCCUCUACCCUAGGCAGCGCAACCAAGGGCCUCAAGUCUCCUGGGGGGAGCAGCACAUCCACUCAUCUCAACUGUACCCCAGAGAGCAUAGCCAUGUUGUAGCUCUGCAGCCCAAAGUCCAAAAUGUCACUGCAGAGAUGUGUUAAGGGAUCCCAGAGGGAGGAAAGACGAUGGAGGAGAAGAUCUGGUAUCUUUUAACUACACUAGGUUUCCCAUCUGCUGUACUAUCUUUUAUCUUUUUGUUGGUAGGCCCCAGC